UCUUAACGUCGAUGUGAGCGGUCGUGUAUUGUCGCAGCGGAUUUGAGAACGAGCAACAAGCAAGUGGUUGGCAUUUUUUUUUAUAUCCAAGUUGGAGUAUUCGCAAAUUAUAUUAUUCUUUGUUUAUAUAAAAAUCUUGGUGAUAAUUAAAGUGUGUAAGCUAAGUGCAGAAGAGGAAUAACUGGCUAUUCAAGCGGUGUUGAUUGGGGUAAGUCUGGUAGCUGAAAGUUUGUCUUUUGGCUUGGGCAGCGGCGUAUUAGCACAAAAUGGCGGACGCUUCGGCGUCGCCUGAAAAUACCAAUAUGGACGGUGCGGCUUUUAUGCUAGCGCCUGCCAUGGUUGGUAAUGGCAGCAAGUUUAAGAAAAAAAAUAGAACAGGAUCUAAAAGGAAAAAAAAGAUGCAAAUGAGUUGUUAGAGGAGUUUACAGAAUCGGACGAGGACAUGGGGGUUACCUCCAUGACUCCCAUAAUUCCAAUGAGUGGCAUGUUAGUGAAGAGGGGAACUUAUGUAAUAAAUGCACAGUCGGACAAUAUCGUAGAUGAAGCGACGGUAGGCAAUGGUGUAGGCAGCAACAAAAUGGUCGGUAAUGACAAUUUGGCAGGCAGCAACAACAUAGCAGGCAACAUAAGUAUGGUAGGCAAUAACAUGGCAGGCAACUACAACAGGACGGGUAGUACAGUUGGAACAACAAACACAAGCUCUAGCGUUCUAGCAAACAGUGGGCCGGUAUCAGACAAUGGUAACAUAAAUGCUACGGUUGUAAUGCAAAGCGGGGGUGUUCAUAAGGAAAUUAAAAUUAUAAACGGUGGGACAGAUGGGUGUGAGAAUAGUGUUGGUGGGNCUAAAGAAAAGCGGAUGGUGGAAAAUCUGUACGAUGCUGAUUAUCGAGGUGAAGCUGUUGUACUAAUGGAUACGUCCAAGAGUACCAGCUUUGAAAAUAAAAGUAUUAAAAACGGUCUCUUUUUGUUCGACAAAAUUCGUAAACUUAAUGUAGCUGGAAUGAAAAACAUUUUAGCAAUCGGUAGGUCGCUUUAUAAAGUGUUUUUUGAUACAAUUAGUCAUGCAAAUAAUAGUUUAUAUAACGAGAAACUGAGCCAGAUGGGAAUUCGGGUUUUUAUUCCGCGAAGCUUUAUGGAGACGUAUGGAGUGAUACGUCAAAUACCGGUAGACUUUUUAGAGGAUGAAUUAAUGCUUAACAUGCAGUCGGGGGUUGAAGUUAAGUCUGUGUCCAGGAUCACUAGACGUGAUCCUGUCAACAACGGCAAUUUUGUACCUACAAUGUCCAUAAAAAUUGGUUUCAAGGGGAAUGUAAUUCCUGAAGAGGUGAAGAUCUUUUGUGUUAACUUCAAGGUGAAUUUUUUUUUUCCGAGAGCGAAGCAAUGCUUCAAUUGUGGGCGACUCGGGCACACAAAACUUUCAUGCAGGGCUAGUAAUAGGUGCAUCAUAUGUGGAAAAGAGGAGCGAUGCGUUGGGAAAUGCACAAGUAGCAAUCCAAAGUGCAUUUUGUGCGGUAGCGGCGAACAUGUAUCGGUGAAUAGGUCGAAAUGUCCCAGCUGGGAGAAAGAAAAGCAGGUAAUCGAGAUCAUGACGGUAAAAAAAAUGUCCAAGCGUGAGGCCUUCGACACUUAUGGUGAUGGAGGGAGAAGGAACAGUUUUUCUAUGCUUGCAGAUUAUGACUCAUCUUUUCCUUUGCUCAAUAAUGAGCAAGAAAAUGUGCAAAAUAAUACAGUAAUUGCUAACAAAUUGCUCACAAAGAGGAAGUAUUCUGCGAUGGCUUGGAAAGGUGUGCAUGCAUCAAGGCAAGGCAGGGUACAGGAGAAGCAAGAAAGUGUGAACAAGGAAAGAGUAGCUAAGGAUAGGAUAGUGCCGGUGUACGAAAGUAAAAGAUGGGAAAGAGUAGGUGAAAUCGAAAGACUUUUAAGUCAAUUAAUUGAAAAGUUUAAUAUAAGUGAGGAUGAACCAUUAAUUAAAGUUUUGAGUACAAUGAUGAAAACGAAGGUAGACGACAGGCUGUAUGUAAAUUCUUUUAAUGAUGACCGUCAAAAUACUUCAACUUAAUUGCCAAAGUUUAAAUGCAA